CAAUUCACUGGCGAGCGUGAUAGUGUUAAUUUGUGAGUGAGAGAGAGAGAGAGAGACUUUGAGAACAUUUGUGACGUAAUCUCAAUUCCGGUGCGCCAGCCAGCUUCUUUUACUUAUGAACUCCAAAGAUUGGUUUCCCUUCCGUUCUCAUAUCGAGCUGACAUGGACGAUCAGCAAGAUGGCCUUUGUGUAACAGAUCAGAGAGACGUUUGUGGCAUCAGAGUCAGUAUGUCUACGGCUGGUUUUGUGUCACUUUUCUGGUGAAUCUUUUGACACAAAGAAGAUAAAUAAACGGGCUGUUCCCAGUUCCCUCCUUUCUUUCUCAUACCGUCUACUUCACUACCAGUUUACCUUCUUAUCAGAUUAUUCUGCCUGAGGAAAACGUCUAUCGAUACUACAAACUCGUUUGUACACAUCACAGCUACUAUAUUAAGCGACAUGAACUCCAUUACUAUCGAGCAAAGCUUCCAACAGACUUCUGAGAAGUCCAGUCGCCAAUCUUCUGGCACCGCAGUUGUUGACCAAGCAUAUGCUGAAUCCGCUGCACACUCUGAUGAGGUUCCUUACCAGCAUGGUGGGAUCCUCAGAAGAGAUCGUGACCAUUCAAGACACUCUUGGAGAUCCAUCAUCGCCAAGAAGUCUCAUCAUGGUGUGAGAGACUGGUUGAAGUUGCACAUCACCAAGGUGACUGUUAAGGAUGAAGACAACUCCACACUGAAUGUGUCGGCUCGUCGUGACUCCGAAGCCGUUACUAUUGAGUUGGUGAGCUUCUUCAACAAUGAUGAGUCUUCCGGUCCUAAUGUCUCCAUGGAGACUACGGUUUCCGGUGUUGAGAAUAAAAUGAGCAAGAGAACCUUGGUUAAGUCCUGGUUCAAACGAAAACCACGCAGUAUACACACCAACAAUUACUCCAAUGUUACCACCGGAAAUGAGAAUAACGACAACAACACAGUCAACCAACAGCUUACAGGAAACAACGUUGCUGCCUAUCUUACACCAUUGACUGUUUCAACAACAGAGACUGGUUUUGCUAUUUACAAUGAUACUAUUGCUACAACUACGACUACUGACGCCAUGGUGAACAACAUUUCAAAUGCUACAACUGAUACCGACAAUAUUAACUCUAAACUCAAGCGCAAAAGGGAAUUUACAUUUUUCAAAGACAGUUUCAAGAAGUCUGUUGAUGAUUGGAGAAUCAAGAGACAGAGAGUGGAGUCCAAAUUUGAGGUCCAAGAGGAAACUUGUGAAGAAGAGGAUACUGAAGAGGCUGCUGACCACGAUACUAACGAUUAUACUAACGACUACACCGACCAUGAUUCCGAUUACGAAGACUACACUGACCACGAUUCCGAUUACGAAGACUACACUGACCACGAUUCCGAUUACGAAGACUACAGUGAUGAUUCCUUCCGUUCCAAUGGUACAUAUGACCCCGUUACUGUUUUGGUUCCAACUAUCAGGGAAGGAAGAUACAUGAUUUCCACAUUGAAGAAUAGCAUCAUGGAGGGAGAAACAAUCAAGAGUGUUUAUGGUAAAGAGGAUGAUUAUAUUUCAGAUGACGAUAAACCAUUUGAUAUCAAAGAUCCACGGUGCUUUGGGAUCGAGCCCGAGGAGGAGGAAUAUUACGAGGAACCAACACUCUACUCGAAGAUUAAAUUUGAAGAUUUUUCAGAGGUUGUUUUCUACAACGGGUCUGGAACUUUGAGACAGAUCAGUUCUAAGAAUGAGAGCCGCUCUAUCAAAUUGCAAGGCGUUGCUCAUUCUGAAAACACCGAGAAGUACUUGGAUGGUGCAAAGGAUUUGACGCUUGAAUCGUCUCUGACCAUCGAGCCAAGAUCCAUUUUGAAAUCCAAGGUUAACAAAAACCGUAUUGAUGAGACCAUCAGACUGGAGGAGUGUGAGGAAAUUGGUCUUGAAGACUUCUUGAACACUUUAGACGAUCAGGAAGAGGAGAGAAAUGAAGUACUUGAUUAUUUGUACAAUAUCAGGGACAGACAAGUUGUUGAAUAUUAUAUGAAUAUUUCCAAGUCUAGUACUACCACUGCUGGUGGUGCUCUGGAAUGAUGGUUAUAACCAAAACUUAUGUGUGUGUCUUUAUGACUAUUUGUUUCUUACAAAAAAAAAAAAAAAAAUUGUGUUUUUUUAUCUUAUUUCUAUUACAAAAAAAAUUAUGAUACUAUGUGUUUAGUUAUUAUGAUUCUA